GCGCGAUAAAAAAAAAAUCUCUUCGUUGUCAUUGGACAUCGACAAAUUUUGUCAAAAGCGAUAUAAAGUCAACAACGUGACAUUUCGACGUCGCGAAAAACGAUCGAGAGGAACGAGCCGAGGCGUUAUGACACAACGGGGCGACGAUGCAACGCGACGCAACGCAAGGUGAGGCAAGGUGAAGCGUGGUGGGGGGAAUGUCGAGAAGGGGAGGCGAGACGGAAUCGGGGCGACUAGACGUCGUAAGGGGCGCGGCGCGGUGAGACAGAGCCUGGCAAAAAGAGACGAGGCCGACUCCGACACGUGUGCUCCGUUCAAAUCAGGUGCGGCAUCGCGGACAGCCUUUCCUAUGACGUGGAUCCUGAGACUCCUGAACCGCGACCGCGCUCUCUCAUCAGUGUACUGGGUGUCCCCAAGCGAGACGGCCGCGUGGUAGCUCACGUCACACGCGCGAUUGGGAAAACGUGCCGAGGGCACGCGAAUGCGCGAAAUCGUCGUUGCAAUAAGACGGCGCAAAACGCUCUUUCCAAGGAGGAUCGUGCCAGGCUAUAGGAAAUCUCCGGAUUCUCUGACAAUUUGCGCGAGCUGCUCGUCGAACGAGCGACUCGGGCAACUCGAAGGUGUGUGCAUGCUGCAUUCGGUGCAGUCAACGUUUUGUGAAUCAUCAAGGAUCGUCCCGAGGAUCCUUAUGAUAACCGGAGGACAAAGUGGUUAUCAUCCGAUCGAGUUCCAAGGGCUGAAGGGUUGGAGGCGACGUUGGAUUCACUCGGCCACUACCUACAUUUAGAGCGACAAUGGCCAGCAGGAACGAGAGUGACCUGCGAAAUAUUUCAGUAGAUUGCAACGACGACUGCAAUAGAAACAACAAUCAAAACAAUUAUGAUUGGUCCGCGAGCGCCGUUGAAAAGGAAAAUGUGUGCGCAAAGAGGAACCAGGAGAAUCAGUCAGGUAGAGCCCCCUUGGUCGGUUGGCGAAAUGGAAGUCCCACGAGUUCCAUUUGCUAUAAUGUUGACUUAAUGGAUAGCGCAAAAAAUAGACGUCAGAUUAGUUUAGAUUCCACGGAGAAAUCAAACGAUACGAUCGAAUUAAAGGGUCGAAACGGUACAUCGAAAUAUGCUGAGCCAAAUGCAGGUACAACAAUGAAUCGACGAGUCAAUGACUCUAUCGAGUCCAAAAUUAUUUUAGAGCACCAAGAUUCCUUAGAGUCUAUUGAAAAAAAACAUAAGAAACCAAAAAUACCUGAUGGCGGUUGGGGCUGGAUGGUAGUUCUUGCCUCUUUGGUCGUCUCCAUGAUAGCCGAUGGUAUCUCCUUUAGCUUUGGUCUGCUUUACAUCGAGUUUCUUCACGAAUUCGGCGAAUCCAAGUCCAAGACCGCUUGGAUCGGUUCGCUCUUCAUGGCGGUGCCGCUUCUAUCCGGGCCGAUCAUGUCGGCCCUCGUGGAUCGUUACGGAUGCAGGAAAAUGACCAUUCUCGGUGGUCUGAUAUCGGGAGCGGGUUUUAUAAUGAGUAUGUUUGGUAGAACCAUCGAGGUAAUGUACUUGACCUUUGGCGUGAUAGCGGGUCUUGGUCUGGGUUUGUGUUACGUCACCGCAGUUGUGAGCGUCGCCUUUUGGUUCGACAAGAAACGAACCCUAGCUACAGGUCUUGGCGCAUGCGGCACCGGAAUCGGUACAUUCGUUUACGCCCCGAUGACGACAUUCUUUAUUGCCGAGUAUGGUUGGCGAGGCACUACUCUGCUCUUGGCCGGUACGUUCUUCAACAUGAUCGUCGCAGGAGCCGUUAUGAGAGAUCCGGAAUGGUUGACAUGGGAACAGAAGCAGGAUGCAGAAUCGAAAAAAUCGAACGUUCGGUCGGAUGGUAUGAUAAAGCCAAGCGGAAGUCCGUCAGACGAGUUCCCAGGUGUCGAGGAACUUCGAAAACUGCUCAGAAGUGAUCGGGCGCCCGAAUGUUUUUUACAGAAUUUAAGUACGAGCACAGCUGACGGCGGCAAAAGGCAUACAACGAGCGUGGUUAAUCUGCCGACUUUUGUAAAACGUAGCGAAAAGGUGCCUUUGGAAGUAUUGGAAUUAUUACGGUCCAACUCUAAACUGUAUAAUGUUAUUCUGGAAAAUUAUCCCAGUCUCCUAUUAUGUAGAAGUUCAUCCGAUAAACAGUUACAUGAGUCGACGGGGGAGAUUAGUAAUAAAAGAGGAGUUACUAUGUCAAUGAGGCUGAAACGAGCAACGGAAUCGAAAACGAUCCCCGAACAAAGGAACAAUGAUUGUCCGGCAUCCGGCAUUCCCGCCUCAACAAAAAUUGUUUCCUCCAGAAAAAUGUCCAAAAAGGAAAUAGAAGAGAUUAAUCCCUUGCUGAAAGAAGUCACGGUGGUUCCGACGGAAAGAAAAAAAUCUAUGUCGAUAAAACGUUACUUUGACGUUGAGCAGCAUCCCAACGUUGUUAGAACCGACUCGAAACCUUGGCUUAAACGAAAAUUCAGUACCACCCAUUACUUCAAGGAUAUCAGAGUGCAUAGAAAUUCCGUCAUGUACCGCGGCGCUUCCCUAAAUUUGCACAAAUACAGGUUGAGAGCGAGCAGUUGUCCAAACAUCUAUAGAAACAGUAUGAUUACAUUGGAUAAAGAAACCGAACAGAAGUGGUACACCGAACUGAUGGACCUGUUAAAGAGUAUGUUCGACUUUUCAAUGUUUCUCGAAUUUCAUUUUCUGCUAAUGUCGCUGGCGACGAUAUUGCUAUUUACGUGGUUCAUCGUACCGUACUUUUACCUCGCGGAGCACUUGAGUAGAAACAAUUACGACGAAUCUGAUGCCGCUAGACUCCUCAGCAUUAUCGGCAUAACCAAUACUAUCGGAAUGAUCGUUUUAGGCUGGGCUGGCGAUCAACCCUGGAUGAAUGUCUGUAAGACGUACAGCUGGUGUCUGGUAGCAUGUGGAGUCUCUACGUUAUUGAUGUCUAUCUUCACCCAUCAUUACCCGUAUCUAAUGACAACUUCAGCAGCUUUUGGUCUGUUCUUCGCGAGUAAUUAUAGCUUCACUCCUGUUAUAUUGGUCGAACUGAUUCCUCUGGAAAGAUUUACCACCGCUUAUGGUCUCACCUUGUUAUGUCAAGGAAUCGGGAAUCUUGUCGGGCCUCCAUUAGCUGGAUGGUUAUUUGAUGUGACAGAUGCAUGGGAUCUUUCUUUCUUUAUGGCCGGUGCUUGGAUUAUCGUCUCCGGAUUUUUUGUAGGUCUGAUACCGUAUACGAAGAAUCGAAAGAUUUUUGGCAGUGGACCGAUCGAGAGGGAACGAACGAGUACUAAUGACUCUUCAGCUUAAAGCGAGUUAUUAAGCGCAGUUAUUAAAAGAUGAAAGGAAACGAGCGAAUAUUUAUCUACUCAAAAAAAAAAGUUGAAUAACGUACGAAUCUCACUACGCUUAUCCAAUAUAUAGUGCGUCAAGACGUUUAUCACGUAGCAAAUAUUUUUGAAUUUUCUAUUUAUGGCGAGAAAGUACUUUUACGUAUACAAUUUUUUUUUUCUUAUUUUCUUUUUUGUACUUAAAUUCGUGUCACGUGAAUAAUUCUAUUUAUAUAAUGAAACAUAUUAUGAAAAACAAAUUACAAAAUGUACAACAGAUUUGUACGACAGAUUUAAUUGAAUAGAUUACAUAGAUGCGAUAUAAAUAAAUAUUCACUUGUUUGGAACGUACUUAAUCUUGUUACAAGACAACGAUAUGAAAAAAGUCAAAAGAUAUAUUUUAUAAAAUGUGUUUUUUGUAAAACUCGCAUAUAGACGAAUUUAUUUUCAUUAAAAACUUGUGAACGCUUAAAUAUACAUUUACAUGCUUUAAUAAUGUAAAGAAGCGUGUUAACAAUGUUUCUCAGAUAAUCAAAUUUAAUAAUGUUUCUAUCAUAAGUUUAUAUAUAUCGUGUGCAUAUGAUAUAACGUAUAUAUAUCACACACAAAUAUUUUCAAAUUUUUGUCAAACUCUUGUUACCUUAAAGUUCCAAAGAUUAGAUAAGUAAUUACAAAAACAAUAUAGUAAUAUUCAUUUUAUAUUUAGAAAAAAUGUGCGAAGAUUUACGAAAAAAUGCAUAGUUUUGUAAGAAGAAUUCUGCCAUAAAUCACUGAAUUACUUAAUUUAUUUUAAUUGUUCAAUUUACAUCGUAUGACAUAAUGAUUGCGUUCAAUAUAUUAAUAUCUAGACAUUAAAUAUCUGCUACGAUAAUGCAAAGAGACAUAAACAUGUUUCAUUUUCCAUCUUAUUCCAUCUAAUUUUAAAUUUCAAUAUUAUUCAGGUACUUGUCCUAUGAAAAACUAGAAAAUAAUUUGCGAAAUAGGGAGAUCUUUCUUUUUGUGUGCGAAUAGAUUAUAUUUAUAAAAUUAUUAUAUUUGUAAAGCGGUCUACACUAUAGCGGUAACACUGUCUUGUUUGUUGAGUAUAUAUGUGUUUUCCGAUAAAUAUGAACAGAUCAAAUAUUUAUUAUUGAUAAUAUUACAAGUUAUAUAUUAAUGAUAUUAUUAUCAGGAUCUGGAUUAACCGGAUACUCUUUCUCUGAAAUGAGUAAACUAAAUGUAAGAAAAACCUAAAUGAAGAAAAAUUAAAUUCCUUUCAUUGUUAAAUUCCUUUCACUGUAUCUCAAUAUCCUGGAGAUGUCAUUGGAUUAUGUGCAUUAGGGCUUGGGCUUCGACUGGAUGCCCUCGAAACGCCUAGAAUGUUGGCGAGAUUUUGUAUACUCUGAGGAAACAUUCUCGCUAUGAUAAAAUGCUGCGGGCCGAUUAACGCGUCUCCCAUUAUACCAAGACGUACUCCGUUUCCAAGCCUGUGUAAGGUCAUUGACAUGUCUAAAAAAAUGUAUACAACUUGAUGCAAUGAAAAAUACAACGUGCUAUAAAUAUACGCGAGUGAUGAAAUAUA